GAGCCGGCCCGGGGCGCCUGAGGCUGAAAUCGACAUUUGCCUUUGGCAGGAAAAUGAACUUGUCUGACCCUCAACCCACUGGAGCAGGGGAUUACGGUAGUAUUUAAAUUUUAUAUCCCACGAAGCUGAAAGCAGAAGUUCGUGCAAGUCUAGGCCAGCUGCCCACAUCAAACAAGCCGCCCAGAACCGAGGCCAGAGCGGGGCUUCCCGGCCACUCCCUCCUCACUUGCAGGGUCUUCCCACCCUCCCCUCUUUGCCCCUAGGGCGUCACGUGGCGGUGUGGGCACCGCCUCCCGGUGACGUCAGCGCGCUCGCAGCCGUCGCGCUGAAGAAAGGAUGCUCUAGGAUGCGGUGCAGGUGGGCGACCGGCCUGCGCCAUGCGGCACUGCAGAUGUAAGUAGCAUGGUCAAUACAGGAGUGAUCAGUGGUUCUGGAAACCUGAUGGAUUUCCUCGACGAGCCAUUCCCUGAUGUGGGGACAUAUGAGGACUUCCACACCAUCGAUUGGCUGAGGGAAAAAUCACGGGACACCGACCGACACAGGAAGAUAACCAGCAAAAGCAAGGAGUCCGUAUGGGAGUUCAUCAAGAGUUUGCUGGAUGCCUGGUCGGGAUGGGCAGUCAUGCUGCUCAUCGGCCUGCUGGCAGGCACUCUGGCCGGGGUCAUCGAUCUCGCUGUCGACUGGAUGACCGACCUGAAAGAGGGCAUCUGCCUGUCCGCCUUCUGGUAUAGCCAUGAGCAGUGCUGCUGGACUUCCAAUGAGACCACGUUUGAGGACAGGGACAAGUGUCCCCUGUGGCAGAAGUGGUCGGAGCUGCUGGUGAAUCAGUCAGAGGGUGCCAGUGCUUACAUUCUGAAUUACCUAAUGUACAUCCUGUGGGCAUUGCUGUUUGCAUUUCUGGCUGUCUCCCUGGUACGAGUGUUUGCACCAUAUGCCUGUGGCUCUGGUAUACCCGAGAUAAAGACCAUCUUGAGUGGCUUCAUCAUCAGGGGCUACUUGGGCAAGUGGACCCUGCUGAUCAAGACUGUCACGCUGGUGUUGGUGGUGUCCUCAGGCCUGAGCCUGGGCAAGGAAGGGCCGCUGGUGCACGUGGCCUGUUGCUGCGGCAACUUUUUCAGCAGCCUUUUCUCCAAGUACAGCAAGAACGAGGGCAAAAGGCGUGAGGUGCUGUCAGCCGCAGCCGCUGCUGGGGUCUCUGUGGCCUUUGGUGCCCCGAUUGGGGGUGUGCUUUUCAGUCUGGAAGAGGUCAGCUACUACUUUCCGUUAAAGACCCUGUGGCGGUCCUUUUUUGCGGCCCUGGUGGCAGCCUUCACGCUGCGAUCCAUCAAUCCAUUCGGGAACAGCCGCCUUGUCCUCUUCUACGUGGAGUAUCACACGCCCUGGUACAUGGCUGAGCUCUUCCCCUUCAUCCUGCUUGGGGUCUUCGGGGGCUUGUGGGGGACCCUCUUCAUCCGCUGCAACAUUGCCUGGUGCCGGAGGCGCAAGACCACCAAGCUAGGGAAGUACCCAGUGUUAGAGGUCAUCGCAGUGACUGCCAUCACCGCCAUUGUUGCCUACCCGAACCCCUACACACGCCGCAGCACAAGUGAGCUCAUUUCCGAGCUCUUCAAUGAUUGCGGGGCCCUUGAGUCCUCCCAGCUGUGUGACUACAUCAACGACCCCAACAUGACGCGGCCCGUGGAUGACAUCCCUGACCGGCCAGCCGGGGUUGGGGUUUACACGGCCAUCUGGCAGCUGGCCCUGGCGCUGAUCUUCAAGAUCAUCAUUACCAUAUUCACCUUUGGCAUGAAGAUCCCGUCUGGCCUCUUCAUCCCCAGCAUGGCUGUGGGGGCCAUGGCAGGCAGGAUGGUGGGAAUUGGUGUGGAGCAGCUGGCUUACCAUCACCAUGACUGGAUCAUCUUCAGGAACUGGUGCAGGCCCGGUGCAGACUGUGUCACCCCAGGGCUCUAUGCCAUGGUGGGGGCUGCAGCUUGCCUAGGUGGCGUUACCAGGAUGACGGUGUCGUUGGUGGUCAUCAUGUUUGAAUUGACGGGAGGCCUCGAGUACAUCGUGCCCCUGAUGGCAGCGGCCGUGACCAGCAAGUGGGUGGCCGAUGCCUUCGGGAAGGAAGGCAUCUACGAGGCCCACAUCCACUUGAACGGAUACCCGUUCCUGGACGUGAAGGACGAGUUCACCCACCGCACACUGGCCACUGAUGUCAUGCGACCGCGGCGGGGGGAACCGCCCCUGUCCGUGCUCACCCAGGACAGCAUGACUGUCGAGGACGUGGAGACACUCAUCAAGGAGACUGACUACAACGGCUUCCCCGUGGUCGUCUCUAGGGACUCAGAGCGCCUCAUCGGCUUUGCCCAGAGGAGAGAGCUGAUUCUUGCCAUAAAGAAUGCCAGACAGAGGCAGGAGGGCAUCGUAAGCGACUCGGUCAUGUACUUCACCGAGGAGCCCCCCGAACUGCCGGCCAACAGCCCACAGCCCCUGAAGCUGCGGCGCGUCCUGAACCUCAGCCCUUUCACAGUCACCGACCACACCCCGAUGGAGACGGUGGUGGACAUCUUCCGGAAGCUGGGACUCCGCCAGUGCCUGGUGACCCGGAGCGGGAGACUUCUUGGCAUCAUCACGAAAAAAGAUGUUCUGAGACAUAUGGCCCAGAUGGCAAACCAGGACCCUGAAUCCAUCAUGUUUAAUUAGAAACAAGAUGGUAGUUUAUUUGAGAAAAAUACAACUGUAUCAUUAAAAAGAAAUAAACAAAUGAUAGUUAUUAUCCUAAUGAACCUUCAUGCACUGGGAGCAGUGGAAACAAAAGCUUUGUUUGAAAGGAAGGGGAAAAGAAUGAAACUUAAAAAUAUAUACAUCUAUGAGUAGGCAUUUUAUAGCUUUAACCCCUUAUGAGUUUCAAGCUGUGUUGUGAGUUUAGUAACUGCUGUGGGGGCAUGUGGGUGGGGGUAAAUGAUGUGGUUUGUACAAGGAUCUGGAACACAAUUGCUGAGUCAAGAAACAUUUGCCCCUUCUGUUGCAGGCUGGUGUUGGUAAAGCUUUGAAUGUGAAAGGCCGAGGGGUAUUGGCAUGUCAGUGUCCUUAUUUAUUGGUUCCUGAGGUUUGGCUGCUAUGUUACUGAAUCAGACUAAAGAUAUUUGC